AUGAAGUGUAAACAUUGUGGGAGCUCUAAUUUAGAAGAAGACCGUGCCCGUGCUGACCUAAUAUGUUUAGAUUGUGGGAUGGUUAUGGGCGAAAAUGUCAUUUCUUCAGAGGUAGAGUUCGUUGAAACAAAUACUGGUCAAUGUACUGCUGUUGGUCGUUUUGUCUCAGAUGGGAGCCAAGCUCUUAACUUCAAAGAGUCACGUCAAUUAACCGAAAAUAAAGCUCGUCGAAGGAUUGAUACCAUUUGUGGCCAGUUGCGUCUUGGCAAUGAUAUAACAGUCUCUGCCUUUCGUUAUUAUCAAAGUGCACUUUUUCGUGGACUUACAAGGGGUCGCAAUGCUUUUACAGUAGCUGCGGGCUGUAUAUAUUUAGCAGCCCGCCAGUUGCGCGUCAAUUUGAUGUUAUUAGACCUCAGUGAUGCAGUUGGAAUCAAUGUUUAUGUUCUUGGUCGUGUCUACGCUGAUCUAAAAAAGCGACUUAAUUUAGCCAUACCAGAAAUGGAUCCUUGUAUCUAUAUUGAUCGCUUCGCAAGUCAGUUGGAGUUCGGUGACAAAGUGUCCACAGUCGCUACAACCGCCAUGCGUCUGUUACAAAGGAUGAAGAAAGACUGGAUCGCUACUGGUCGUAGGCCUAGUGGAUUGGCUGCUGCUGCACUACUUGUUGCUGCUCGAAUUCAUGAAUUCAAUAGGACAGAGGAGGACGUAGCUCGAAUUGCUCGGAUUAGUCAGAGUACUGCACGCAAACGUUUAGAAGAAUUCAGUCGUACUCCAUCAUCCGCUCUUAGUAUUGAAGCAUUUUUCUCAGUUGAUUAUGAUGAGGAGCAAGAUCCUCCAGCAUUUGUUGCUUCAAUGAAGCAGGAGGAUGAAAAGUUGAAAAGUAUGUCAGAGGGUGCAAUGGCUCGUAUAACUAUGGAGAUAACUGAAUUAGAACGUCGUAUAGAUACUGAACUACAAAAGCUGUCUGGGAAAUACACAGCUCGUACAAUUUCUACACAACUUUCUAAAAUAGAUGUUGGAUGUUCCAAAGGCAUACAGCAUUUAUUAGCUGAAAACUCAGAUAGUUUGAAAACAUCGGGCCUCCUAAGUGAACUAAAAGACGUAUCGAGUGAAACUGCUGAAUGUAGUGGUAACGAUGAUGCUAUAACUAACAAAAGUAAUACCUCUAGUCAAAAUGAAAGUGGUGAAGUUCGCGGGAUACUACGUGAUGUAUUGGAUGGCUUAGUUGAGCCAGAGUUAUUGGACAGCUGCGUUGAGGAUUUGCACAUUCUAACUCAACAUUCUGGUACCAAAAUGUGUCAACUGUUGUCUGAAGCAGAAGAGACAAGAAAUCAGGCUGAUAUUGGUUCAGAUCAGAAAUUACCAGAACAAGAUGUGGACUCCAAGCCGUCUGAUGCUGAAGAUACUAGACCCAGUGAACCUCCUUUAAAAGAUAAAAAUUGCCUGAAGUUACCUGUUUUUAUCCCAUCAAGUGUUGUUCCAAAGCAAGAAACUAAAACUGAAGAUGAUACACUGUAUACCGAAGACAUUGAUGAUGAAGAAAUAGACCGAGAGUAUUUACUUCAGCCCAGAGAAAUCAUGCUGAAAGCAGCUAUAUGGUUCAAAGCCAAUGCAGAACACUUGGAACAAGCACGAAAACGUAAAUUAGCCAAAAGACAAAAAGAACAGCAACAACAACAGGAAGAUAUUAAAGGUCCUAAAAAGCGUAAAACGGCUAGUCGACGUAAUAAUUAUUCUUCAUCAACAAGAUCAAAUCGUAAUGCAAUUUCAAAAGAAGAAGAUAGUAAACCAAUAUCUCGUAAAAUUAACUAUGAAGCACUUGAAGCAGUUGUUGGUCUAUCUGCUGCACCAGCUUCAUCCUCCCAAUCAGACCAGCAUAUUGUACCGGCAACUGAUGUAGAUAAUAGUGAACCAAGACCUGGUCCAUUGCUUGCAUCCACUUUAUGUGAUAAUGAAAAUCCUAAAGAAUUAUUUAAAUCACCUAAGCAAAUUUUAGACGCUAAGAAUCAUAAAUCACGUUCAACAGUAUCUGUAUGUAACGGUGAACAGUUAAAUAAAGCCUAUGGUGACAAAGAAACAACAUUGCUGUUGAUAAUGAUAAUAAUGAGGAGGAGGAAGAAGAAGAAGAAGCAGUUGAAGACGACGAAGAAAAUAAUGUUGGCAAUAAUGAUCCGUAUAAUCAAUAUUUGCCUAACUACAGUCAUGGAAUCGAUGAUGAACGAUGAUGAAGACUGGUCGACUGGUGCUGAAUUAUGGUGA